AGCGGAGAGCAAAACGAACAGAAUGGGUGGUUUGCGUGUGGUGAUUCGUCACAUACACACACACAUAAAUAUGUACAGUAACAGCUACUUCGUUCCACCACCGCGCUUGAUUUUGAAUCCGGGAGCCACGUGGCAGCGUCUUGUUUCCCCUAAAUCCUCCAAAACUGUUAAAUCUCGUGCUCUUAAUACAUGUUCAGACAAUUACAGGGUAAUGGUGAAAAAAGAUGAGAGGUUGGGGUGGAAGGAGAGUGUGGAUGAGGUUGGAACUGCAACCACAAUUGCGGCCAUCGUAACAUCGUUGGGGGGUCCUCCUGCUGCAGUUGGAAUCGUUCGACUUUCGGGCCCUCGUGCGGUUUCUAUUGUGGGCCGAGUGUUUCGGCCCGCCAGAAACUCGUGGCAGCCCACCAGCCACGUUGUGGAAUACGGCGUCGUGUUAGAUUCCGAUGGCAACGUCAUCGACGAGGUUUUGGCAGUGCCGAUGCUAGCCCCUAGGUCCUACACUCGCGAGGACGUGGUUGAGCUUCAAUGUCAUGGUAGUGAAGUGUGUCUUCGUCGCGUGCUUAGAACUUGUUUGGAAGCAGGAGCAACGCUUGCUCAACCAGGCGAGUUUACUCUUCGUGCUUUUUUAAACGGUCGUUUGGAUCUAUUUCAAGCUGAGAAUGUUGCGAGAUUGAUCAAUGCGAAAUCUGUGCCUGAUGCUGAUGCUGCACUGGCGGGAAUUCAGGGUGGUUUUUCUUCUCUUGUGAGAUCGUUGAGGCGUCAGUGCGUUGAGUUGCUCACUGAGAUUGAAGCUCGUUUGGAUUUUGAUGAUGAGAUGCCGCCUCUAGAUUUGAAUAUGGUUUUGAAUAAAAUUUAUGACAUGUCACGAAAUGUUGAAAAUGCAUUGGAGACGUCAAAUUAUGACAAGCUUCUGCAAUCUGGAUUGCAGAUAGCAAUUGUUGGGCGCCCAAAUGUUGGCAAGUCAAGCCUUCUUAAUGCAUGGAGCAAAAGUGAGAGGGCAAUAGUUACUGAAAUUGCUGGAACCACUCGUGAUGUGAUUGAAGCAAGUAUCAGUGUCAGUGGCAUUCCUAUAACCCUUCUUGAUACUGCAGGCAUCAGGGACACUGAUGACAUUGUGGAAAAGAUUGGUGUUGAGCGAUCUGAAACAGUUGCUAGGGGUGCUGAUUUAAUUAUCAUGACUGUGAGUGCUGUUGAAGGGUGGACUUCUGAAGACACCAAACUUCUUGAAAGGAUUCAAUCUACUAAGGGAUCAACUGUUUCAUCGACCCCAGUAAUCCUUGUGGUAAACAAGAUAGAUUGUAAACCUCGUGACGAUACUGAAUGGGUCAAUGGUUGUCACAAUCAUAAAUUUUUCAGUAAACAUGUGUUUACGUGUGCUGUUACUGGUCAAGGAUUACAAGACUUAGAGAGGGCAGUAUUAGAGAUAGUGGGUCUUGAAGGCAUUCCUGCUGGGGGUCGCAGAUGGACCGUAAAUCAGAGACAAUGUGAACAACUUGUUCGGACCAAAGAAGCACUUACAAGGUUACUGUCAUCAAUAAAGGAGGAACUACCUCUGGAUUUUUGGACAAUUGAUUUGAGGGAUGCUGCAUUGUCCCUUGGACAGAUAAGUGGAGAAGAUAUAUCGGAGGAAGUUUUGUCAAAUAUAUUUGGCAAGUUCUGUAUUGGUAAAUAGAAAGGCUCCCUAUAUGUGCUUGGCGAUUUUUAGUGUUGUUUCGUUUACAUCAUUUCAAUCAUAUAUAGGAUCCUAAUUUCUGUCUUGGUCACUGAAUCUCUUUUCCAUGGAUUUAAAGCCGUGGUGAUCAGUUUUGUUGUAUAUUUUACUAUUAUUAUCGCCUGACCCUCUCUUUUCUUUUCGCCCGGGAUCAUUGUUGAAUUGAUUUUUAUAUCAACGGUUCAAAUGAAUGUGAAAUAUGGGGUAGAAAGUGAUAUU